GUUGACCAAAUCAGUUGUUAGACAAUUUCUUGGAGUGGGCUUUUAGAGUUGGGAAACCUUCGAGCCGAAGCUUUAAGAGUCUUGCAAGUGGAAACCCAUUGGAAGACUAUACUAGCGUUUCACCGUUUUUUUGCUUACAUAAUUUGGUCACUACCGUUCGAAGGCUAUUAGAAGUUCCUCUGUGUGUACAUUUGAAAGGGUAACCCGCGUAACAGCGUCACACCAACACUUCAGCCAAAAGCUGCGGUAAUGCGUUUUGCUGCUUCGACCAAGAAAAAAAGCUGUUGGAAGGAUUGCAUUUUAGAGGAUUAUUUGAGUCGUUGCAGUAUUUAGUGAGUUUGUGAGGGUAGCAAAAGUGUGAUGGAGAAGACAAAGGAGCCUUCUCUUGUGAUAAAAGAGGUUUGGGCGGAAAACCUUGAGAAAGAACUGGCAAAUAUCUCGAGCAUAUUGGAUAAGUAUAACUUUGUUGCUAUGGACACUGAAUUCCCAGGUGUAGUGGCGAGACCUAUCGGUUCCUUUCGGAGCAAUACAGACUAUCAUUAUCAAACCCUUCGAUGCAAUGUAGAUUUGCUUAAGAUAAUUCAGUUGGGUUUAUCCUUUUCAGACUCGGAAGGGAAUAUUCCAGAAGGUUGUGCUUGCUGGCAGUUUAACUUUCGUUUUAGUUUGAACGAAGACAUCUACGCACAAGAUUCUAUUGAUCUCUUAACACGUUCUGGUAUUGACUUUGAUGAACAUGAACGACAUGGCAUAGACGUGGAACGAUUUGGCGAACUUUUAAUAUCUUCAGGUAUUGUUCUAAACGAAGAUAUUUGCUGGAUUUCUUUUCAUUCUGGUUAUGAUUUUGGCUAUUUGUUGAAGAUAUUGACUUGUAGCGAGAUGCCAGCAGAGGAAUCAGAGUUCUUUGAGCUUUUAAAUACUUAUUUUCCUCGCUUUUAUGACAUGAAAUAUUUGAUGAUGGCUUCAGACAGACUCUAUGGAGGCCUUAAUAAGUUGGCAGAAAUACUUGAAGUUGAACGGGUUGGACAAAUGCACCAAGCCGGAUCGGAUAGUUUGCUAACCAUGAAGGUAUUCUUUAAGAUGAAGGAAAGUAUUUUUAGUGGCCAAAUUGAUGAGCGUCGUUAUUGUGGAGUUUUGUACGGACUUGGUAGUGCUGCUGCCUUUGGUCAUGCAUCACAUGAAGCAGAAAGAAGAUACAAUUAUACCAACAAUGAAAAUGGAACCAACAACAAUAAUGGCGACUUGAAACGCUUCGUAGAUUCUGCAUUGGCAGCUUCUUAAAGGUCUUUUCAUGUUUGUGUCUUUCUCAUGGAGCAGUUUUUUUGUUUACUCAUCGUUGUCCAUAGCACUUUUUAAAGUGACGUGUCGUUUGUUAUUAAACGUUUCUUACAUGUUUCGUUUGUUAUGAAGUGAAUCUUUAAAG